UCCUCUUACAUAGGCAUUCCAAAAUAAGCUUCAUUUCCCAUUGUUUUUUUCUUUUGUCUUCACAAAUUUCUCCUCUUGUUUUGUUAGUGUUUGUCUCCAUUUCAAGUGAAAAUGGCCAACUCUAAGGCUAUCUCUCUCCUUCUCUUGGCUCUCAUAGCCUUUUCCAUGCUUGCCACUGAGGUUUUGGCAAAGAACUAUGGACCUGGGAGUCUGAAGGGUUCUCAAUGCCUUGGUCAAUGCACAAGGAGAUGUUCACGGACCCAAUACCACAAACCAUGCAUGUUCUUCUGCCAGAAAUGCUGCAGGAAGUGCCUUUGUGUCCCACCAGGCUUUUAUGGCAACAAGCAAGUUUGCCCAUGCUACAACAACUGGAAGACCAAGGAGGGAGGCCCCAAGUGCCCUUAAUUUCUUAUUUGACCAAGUUAAUACUCCUUCCGUCCGAAAUUAGUCAUCAAAUCUACCAUGAAAUUUUAACAAGUAGUAUGAGAAGUAAAUUCGGACGAUGAACGUAAUACUAUUAUUAUUUUUACUACCUAAUUAAUACUUCAAGCUAAAAAGUACUAAUCUCUCAUUAGUACUAAAUAUGUAUUUUUCAAAUUUAUUUUCCCCUUAAUUAUGUGGAUUUGAUAUUCAAUCGAUCCAUUGGGAGGUAUAAUGGGCUUCUGUGAAACUCCCAAUUGAGAGUGUAAUAGGCUUGGCUGAUAUUUUUGGCCAAUCUAUAUAUGUGUCAUAUCUGCUAUGUUGUCUAGCAUUAUUAUAUUGUUGAAUGUUGAUUCAAAGUUAAUGAAUAUUUUCAGCUUUUUA